GUUUGUCUCUGCUGAGGUACUUGGCCCUUGGCGGGGCCGAUGUCACAGAGCUGCCUCAACAAAUUAUGGAACCUGACCACCUGUCUACCUUAGAUUUAAGGCAGACUGAGGUAAAUAAAUUACCAGAAUUUAAGGGCACGAAGUUGGUGUGUUUGCUUGCAAAUGGUCUCACAAUACCGGGAGCGGGAGGAGGAAUGGGGGAAAUGGAAAAAUUGGAGGAACUAUCAACGGUCUGUCUAGGUGGUGAUGGCUCACUUGCUGACAAUGUGGCAGGACUUGUUAGAAAGUUGAUGCGGCUGCGGAUGCUUGGGGUGAGAUUUAGGAUUACGUAUAAUAGUACUGCAGAAGAAGCGGAACGGCAGGGCAUCAAGCAUUUGGUGGAGGAGGUGGGGAAAUCAAACUUGCAGUUCCUUUUUCUUGAUGAAUACCCUCAUCGUCUGCUCGACUUACUUGUUGAUUGCUGGAGCCAUGUAAGGCCACGUUACCUGCGGAAAUUUGAGCUAAGAUUGGAUUGGCUAUUGUGCCCCCUAAAAGUCCCACAGGAGAUCUCUUCCCUUGUUGACCUCACUCACUUGCAUAUCGGACUUUCAAUAGUAGAUGCAGAAGGUGUCCGCGCCCUUGGGGGGCUGCAAAAGUUAGUCCUCCUAAAAUUGUAUUCACUGCGGCCACAACAUGGCCUCACCGGUGAACCACAAAGUCCAGGCCCAGCAAGGUUGUCCGUGAGCAGCAAGGAUGGCUUUCAGCGCCUCAAGGUGUUCUGGUACGUCUGCGAGCAUGGCGCUUGGACGGGGCUGCAGUUUGAACAAGGCUCCAUGCCGCACCUCCGAAGGCUUCUCAUUGACUUCCAGUCAUCGGAGGAUGAUACAGAUCACUUUGUGCUUGGUAUCCAGCAUUUCUCUUGUCUCGUGCAGGUCCGUGCCACCAUCUACUGUGAGCCUACUUCAACAACAGUCGUUUCUGCCGCGGAGACCCACAUCAGAGACCAAGUGUCUCAGAACCCCAACAAUCCCCUACUGGAAUUCAACAGAAAACGUCGAGGCCGUUUGGUGAGGCGUCUAGGGCCGCUCUCUAAUGUGAAGGAGCAGCCAUCGGCGGUGAUUAAGAUCCGCAGCCUGGAUGACUGGACUAUGAUGAUCGAGCAGAAGGACAAGAAGCUGCUCGUGGUUGAGUUCACCGCGAGCUGGUGCAGGGCAUCCCGCAGCAUAGCUCCCUUUUUUGCUUUUCUCGCCAACAAGUUUCCAGAUGCCAUUUUUCUCCAGGUUGAUAUUGAUGGUAUGAAAUAUAUUGCCGAGGCAUACAAAGUUGAUGGUGCGCCGAUGUUCCUUUUCAUGAACAAGGGAAAGGUUAAGGACACGCUUCGUGGCGCACACAAGGAAGAGCUGUUUGAGAAGCUUCAGCUGCAGAUGGCCCUAGUUAUGGACAACUGACUGAUACGGCAUUCAUAUCCUUGGUCGCCGGCCGGCCGUAUCAUCUGGCCGGCGUAUACAGAUCGAUGCACUGUGCCGUGAGAUGAUUUAAUCCUUUCUUGGCUUGUUUGAUUUGGAUUUCAUUCCUUAUAAUGUGUGUUAGUCAGACAGCAGUGAUGAUUAAUAGUCCUAAUAAUACUGUAAGCUGUGACA